CACACAAAUGUUCUGCCUGUGGUAUAUGUUCAUGUUUUCUGUGGGUCUUUUGUUCAUUCAGUGAGACAUGCACAGUCAUAUUCAUGCUUGACUGGAGACAGCACCACCAGCAGCUCUUCAGAGAAAGAGAAAGAGAGAGGGGGAGAAAGAAAGGAAAAGAGAGGGGGGGAGAGAAAGAACGGAAAAAGGAAAAGUGAGAGGACACUUCUUACCAGUUCCGCUAAGAGGGAGUUAGGGCUAUGAGAUGCUUCCACUCUACAGUGCUUCAGGUUGCUCUGUUCCAUCUGGGACUAUAAGACUUGCAGACUCCAGGGCCUUUGUUAAGACUAAAGCUUGGAUAUUUUAUGUUCUGGUCGAUUUCUGGGACAAGUAUUGAGAAGGGGUUUAAUUCUCACAGUGCGUGAAAGGGUCACUAUGGAUGUGAAAUCUGAGAGUUGGCGACAGCUACCCGAGCACAGUGGUCAAACCAGAGAGGGGUGCACGUCUCUGCAUGCCUCCCCAGCAUGGAGGAGAUCUGGAGACAAGAGUUACUGGGAGAGCCUGGUGGCGCAGGUGUAUGGGCCUCCUCGUGCAGCCUGUCCACAGAGCGAAGGUGAGCAUACAGACAACUGGCUGGUAGCUCUUGAGCAACCCCAGGCUCACCCCACUCAACCACAACUCCCUGCAUUUGCCAAGCAAACCGCACCCAUGCCUGCCCUCCUCAACGUGACCGGCACUGAAUCCUCACAUCACCUGGACUAUCCAAACAGCCACUGCAGGGAGAGGCUUCCAAGCCUCACCCCCAGGUUGGGAGAGAGCACUCUGGGAAGCCUGGAAUCACUGGAGUCCCAGUCUGGACUGGAGAGCAGAGAGAAAGCUCAGAUUAAGCCAGGGCCCAGCACGCAGAAGGCCAAACUCUGCUGCCUUGCUCCCGUCCAGAUGGCCUGGCUGCCUCUACAGAGACGUGUGGUGAUGAACGACAGCUCUAACCAUGCCUGUGGCCAUGACAAUAGCACCAACCAGGUGAAGCAGAAGCCUCCCAUCACUCCAGUGCUGAGCAGCAGUUCUGUGAAAGCGAAUGGAUCAGGACCAGGUAACGGGGAUGCUGAGUGGGGCGGUGCUGGGAUAGCAUCUGGAUCCCACAGCCCAGAGAGCACCGCGGGCCGUGGCUCUCCGCGGACUGCAGUCAAGGAGAGAAACACACUAUCAGAUGGAGUCCAAGGCGCAACACAGGACUUGACCACUAGGGUGCAGAUGCCUGCCUCUGAGAACAGCAAGCUUCCACCCGGCAACCUAAUGAGGAAAACCCUAGGGCACCGACGAGGAAGUGCUCCCCAGCCAACUCCUGUCACAGCGCCCAUUACUCCCAAACAUAGCAGCUCCUUAUCCUCCAUUACCAUCACCUCCAGGAUGGUGGCUCGCUCCUCCAGUCUGCCCGAUACAAGCCUUCCUUCCCAGGCUGGAGGGAGGGAACCCAGUGCCAUAGCCAUCAACAAACCUCACACUGAUCUUGGUCAGCGAAAAGCUCUGGUGAUCAAAGUUGCUGAGCACAGAGCACAAACCACUACAAGCAUCCAGUCCAGCGAUAAAGACAGCCCUUUCAACGCUGACUCUCGUCCACCUAAUCAGAAUACUGAAGAAUGCUAUUCCUCAAGCUUCCCUAACCUGACCACUCGAGGGAGCUUUGUUCCUGCCAAUUCUACCUUCAUCAGUAUGAAGAACCACACCUCGCAUGCCUCCAUAAAUAUAGCUGGCAGAGAUAACCAUCCACCAGGCAUUUCUAAUGUGCCCUGCAAAGAAGUCCCUCCUCUGGAGCCCAGGGCAUCUGUGGUGCUCAGGAGAAAACCCACUAGAAUCAAGGUGGUGGAGCAGAGAGACCAGCUUAUUGGAGAGCGAAAUGGGACAGUGGCAAGACCGGAACACAGGCACAGCUACACUGGAGGGCUUUGCACCACCAGUUCAACAUCAUACACAAACAACCCAUCAGUCAGUAACAUUAAACCGCUGAUAGCUAAUGAAUCCAGUCAUUUAAGAUUUCCAGAGGUUGGGUCAGCACAACCAGGGGGGAGGAAGAAGGAGGUAAGAGAAUUCCACAGAUCCACACUGUCUGUCCAGCUAAGAAACACAAACAUAAACCCAUCUUCCACGGACAAGCCAUGCUCCAGGGUGGGCCUGUGCCCCCAGAGACCUGCCAGCUGCUACGCUAGCUUGUUCAGCCCUGGUGAACCAAGAGCUAAGGCUGGGACAGAUCCCGAAUUUCAGAGCAAGAGCUUCACAAAUGAGAGUCAUUCUUACCCUGCACAACCCACUACCAGCAGCUCCAACAGGUGCUGGAGUACCGGAGGAGAGACGGGAAGCUAUGACAAGGCUUACCCAGGGAGAGAGAACUCGGCUUGGUAUUUGGGGCAGAGGGAGAGGGCCUGUGCUCGACCUUUUACUCUCAUCAAAGUGCCAGAAAGCUCGGCCCAUGGCACCCACUGUGCUGUACUGGCCCUGAAAGCAGCUGCUGUCAUAGCCAACAUAAAAGCCCAGAGCCAGCAGAGGAGGAGAGCCCAAACCCGCGUCAGAUGCAGCGUGGCAGAGACAGCGCCAGCAGCCAGCAGCAACCACACAGAGAUCAGUGGAGCUGAUGUCAUGCACAGCGGCAAGUGGAGUGCAGGAGCUUCCCUUCCUUGGGGGAGAGAGAGAGCAGGGAUGGAGAAGCAAGGGCGUGCGAGCUUUAUACCACUCCAGAGCACAGCCGGGCUCUCAGCCAACCUGCACGUGCUCAGUGAUGCUUUACAGCCAGAGUUCAUCCAGCAUUCGCAGGCUCAGGUUCAGCAUCUGCUCAGCACAGACACGGCAGGUUCAGCACAUAGAGGUGGUCAAUAA